UAUCGUCGUCGUCGUCGUCGUCGUUGUCGUCGUCGUCGUCGUCGUCAUCGUCACCGUUGUCAUCGUCGUUGUCGUCAUCGUCGUCCUUGUCUUACGGACGAGAAGAGAGAAAGAAAAGAAAGUUAGUUAUCAAAAAGAUUCUUUUCAAUACCUCGGUGGUUCGUCUUGUAAGAAAAAGAAAAUUAGAAAAAGGGAAAGAAAAAAAAAGGGAGAAAAGGAAAAUAAAAGGAGGAGGGAGGGCGCGCGCGCGCCCGCGCGUGUUUACGAAUCGCGUCGGCUACUUGGCUGAUGAAGUGUCUCGUGUGUGAAGAGGAAAAGAUUAAUCGAGAGAGAUAUUAUAAGAGGAAUAGAGAUAGAGAGAAGUUGUAAAUCGGCAUGUCGAGGGGGUGCGUUUGGUGCUACGAUAGAAGCAUGAAGAUAUCGACGGCGAGCUGACCGUAUAAGGAUUUAUCAAGUUUGUUUUGGAUUUUGCUUGGUUAAAGAAGAGAAGAAAGGAAUUAGAAAGGAGAAAGAGGAAAAAAUUUGAUUUAUCGAUAACAGUGCACGCGUUGGGAGGAAAAGGGGGAAAAAAAAAGUGGCCGUGAUUAAGUGGAGGUGAUUCAAGUGAGAAAGGUAUAUAACGCAAUAUAGGAGAUAAAUCAAUUGGAAUUAUAAGCAACAAGGAUCAAUGUCCUUGGCUGUCGUAGACCUAAUAGAAAUAAUCCAAGAUUCGGGCCCCGUACGGGUGUCGCGCUAGGGCGGCGGCGGCGACGACGUCGUCCGCGGCGAAUUUAUCGACGCUCGAGGCCGCACUCGAGCUCGGCUCGAAGGUGGAGAGGCCAAGCAGCACGACGACGCUCAAUUUCACGGACCUGGGGAGCCCAUUCGGGGCGGGCGACCCCUGUCCGUCUAGUACCCCGACCCCGAACAGUAUGUCGGGUGGUGCCGGUGGUGGACCGUCGGGAGGCGGUCAAGCCGGUGGUGGAAACGCUGGAGGAAACGGUGGUUCCGACAUGGACCAACAUCUACAUCAUGGUGGACUUGGAUCGGUAACACCAGGACCACCUGGAGCCGGUGGAAAUGCUGGAGAUAGUACGACAUCUAGUACACCAGUUUCCCAAACUGGCAAAUCUGCAUUCAUCGAACUCCAGCAUAAUAACCUAUAUAAUCCUGCCAGUUUACGGGGUGGAUAUCCAUCCGGACAUAACGUACCUGGUGCACAUCAAUUUUCCCAUCAGGUCAGCGCUUUAGGACACCAAUCAUCCGGACCCGGUAGUGGGAAUCAACAACACGCAGAACCUGGAUUUCCAAGUCCUAGGUCAGCGCUAGCUGGAUAUCCUUUCGGGCCGAUGCAUCAACAUAAUGCUUAUGGAUAUCAUCUUGGAUCUUACGCGCCUCAAUGUCCCUCGCCGCCCAAGGACGGUGAGUACCCUAACUGGUGGUGCAUGUUCGCAGACCUCUCGCCAUUGGGCGACAAGGGUGGAAGUCUCGUGGAUGAGCUUGGAGGUGGUGGUGGUGGUUCUUUAAGAAAUGGCAAGGGUAAAAAGAUGAGAAAACCAAGGACCAUCUACAGCAGCUUGCAACUUCAGCAACUGAAUAGGAGGUUCCAAAGAACACAGUACCUGGCAUUACCAGAAAGAGCAGAACUUGCAGCUAGCCUGGGACUAACUCAAACGCAAGUAAAAAUAUGGUUCCAAAAUAGGAGAAGUAAAUAUAAGAAAAUGAUGAAGGCGGCACAACAAGGUGGAGGCGGUGGUGGUGGACAACACGGUAGUUUGCUCGCCGGUGGUACUGCCCUACCUGGUGGACCAUCUCCUCAACCUGGUCAACCAGGGAGUCUCAUGCAAGGAGACUGGUCGGUUAUGUUAACAGGAGGUGGAAGUUCUGUCUCGGGUAGUCCGACGACGGGAUACCUUGGUGGUAUGGGGGGCGGUGGUGGAGGUCACACCCCCGGAAGUUCGAGUCCCGGUAGUGAGAUGUCGCCUCAGCAUAACGAGAGCCCACCCGCGCCCGCCUGGCCGGGCGAGAUGAAGCACCAUCCUCAUCCUCAUGCCCCACCACAUACUCACCAUCAUCCACACACGCCUGGACAUCAUCCACCUCCACCACCUCCACCUCCACAUCACGCGGGUUAUAUGCCGCAAUAUUCUUGGUAUCAGGCCGAUCCUAAUCCUGGACUACUCACGGUGUGGCCGGCGGUUUAACGAAGACGUCCCCCGAAUCGAGUCGAGGAGGAGGAAGUUGUCCGCCAUGGUAUAGAGGACGUACCAGAUACUUCGUGGCGCCUAUCACGAAGGGAAAUCGCGUUAAACGUUAAAUAUCCUUUUUGAGUCGUUUUUCAAAGAAGAAAGAAAGAGCGAGAAAGAGUGGGGGAGAGAGAGAGAGAGAGAGAUAUAUAUAUAUAUAUAUAUAUAUAUAUAUAGUAAGAGAAAGAUAACAGUGUGACGUGUGUGUGCCUGCGUGCGCGCGUUUGUUGUGUGUACAACCCCCCUUCUUCCCACGUCGUAGAUGACAGAGAAAAAAAAAAAAAAAAAAGAAAAAUCUAUUUACGUGGAUGAACGUUUCGUAAAUCUUUUUUCUUCUCGUUGAAAAAGAAAAAGAAAAAAAAAAUAAAAAGAAAAGAGAAAAAAAAUGAAAAGGAAAAAAAAGAAGGGGAGUAGUGAAAAGAAAUAAUAGAGAAAGAAGAAAAAUAUGUGGACGAGGGGGGGGGGGAGGGAUAGGGCGAGGGAAUGAAAGAAAAAGGUCACGCGAUAAGGAUUUAAUUAUCGUUCAGGGGGCCGGGGGAGGGAAAAGGGUGGACGGGUCUGUUAGAGAAAAAUAAUCGACUUUCUGACACUUGUGAAAUCGACAUUGGAUCGAUUGAUUCGCGAAUUGUGUAAAAAAAAAAAAAAGAUAAAUAAAUAAAUAAAUAAAUAAAUAAAUAAAUAAAUAAAUAAAUAAAUGAAUAAAUAAAUAAAUAAAAUAAUACAAAAAAAGAAGAAGAAGAUGAAGAUAAAGAAGAAGAAGAAGAAGAAGAAGAAGGAGGAGUGGAAGAAGAAGAAGAAGACGUGUAAGGUGGCUCGUAUAGGUUUAGGUGAGAAAUUUUGUGACGUUUAAUGGUAUCGUAACGGGGGUAGUAGGGGAGGGGAGAAGGAGCGAAUAAAAAAAAAUUUACGAAAGAACGAAAAAAUAUUAUAGACCGAGAGAGAGAGAGAGAGAGAGAGAGAGGAAAAAUGAAAAAAAAAUGUCACGAACGGUAUCGUCGUUGCGCAUUAUUUUUCUUUACUUUUCUUUUUCUUCUUUUUCUUUUUUUUUCUUUUUUUUUCUUUUUUUUUUUUCCCCCCUAUGACAUCACAUAGCGCGUUAUCGUGUGCGAAGAUAGCGACAAAGAGAGAAAAGAAAGGAAAGAAAAUAAAUAAAAGAUCGACCUGUCAUUAUUAUUAGUUCCUUUUCGACGCAUCAUCGGACCUUGACAAAAAAAAAAAAAAAAAAAAAAGAGAAAAAAAAAGAGAAAAAAAGAAAAGGAGAAAAAAAAAAAAGGAAAAAAGUGCAUGCUCAAGGACAUUGCUAUCAUCGAUCGAUUGAUCGAUCAAUCGAAAGAAAGAAAGAACGAACGAACGAACGAACGUACGAAUAGUUUUAAAUUGUAUACGUGCAAAGCUAUGUUGUUACUUAUGUGUACAUGACAUAUGACAUUGAAGAAGAUAAAACAGCAAGAAGAUU